CCGCCGGCCAUCUUGGGCGCCCGGAGGCGGCGCCGCGCAGGACUGAGCGGAAGUGCCGUGUGCAGCUUCGCGACGAGCCGAGCCCGGCGCGGCCGCCUGUCCGCGUCCUGCUGCCCGCGGCCUCGAGCCCGCGCUGGGCCGCAGCGGAGCCGCCAGGUGCAGAAUGUCGGAGGGAGACAGUGUUGGCGACUCGGUGCACGGGAAGCCCUCGGUGGUGUACAGGUUCUUCACGCGGCUCGGACAGGUCUAUCAGUCCUGGCUGGACAAGUCGACGCCUUACACAGCCGUGCGAUGGGUGGUCACACUGGGCCUCAGCUUCGUGUACAUGAUCCGAGUCUACCUGCUGCAGGGCUGGUACAUCGUCACCUACGCUCUGGGCAUUUACCACCUCAACCUCUUCAUUGCAUUCCUGUCCCCCAAGGUGGACCCGUCCUUGAUGGAGGACUCAGACGAAGGCCCGUCCCUUCCCACCCGGCAGAACGAGGAGUUCCGGCCCUUCAUCCGGAGGCUCCCGGAGUUUAAGUUCUGGCACGCGGCGACCAAGGGCAUCCUGGUGGCCAUGGCCUGCACCUUCUUCGAGGCCUUCAAUGUGCCGGUGUUCUGGCCCAUCCUGGUGAUGUACUUCAUCAUGCUUUUCUGCAUCACCAUGAAGAGACAGAUCAAGCACAUGAUCAAGUACCGGUACAUCCCGUUCACGCACGGCAAGAGGACGUACAGGGGCAAGGAGGACGCGGGCAAGGCGUUCGCCAGCUAGACGAGGCACUGGGGCCCUGGACACCGCCUUUCUCUCCACUAAAGUAGUUGAUUAGGAGGGAGUCGGAUUUUCUCUUUAAGAAGGAGCUU